CGACAGGUCGUUUCCGGUCUGUGAAAAGAGGCUCCUUUUUCCUCCAUCCUGGUAUUUGGAUCAUCCUGGUCCCUGCGAAGUGCCCGGACCCAAAACAGGAAGCUGAGCAUGAACGCAGGAGAUGUCUCCGGCACCGUGGCUUUGGACUCUGUCAGUUCUGUCACUUUUACACAGGACACCGACGGUACCAUCAUCCUGCACUGCUCUCAGAACGAUGACGGGCCGAUGGGCUCGGACGAGGAACUUGAACCUGUUCAUAAACGGUUGCGAUUGUCCAGUGAGGAGACAGACGACCCCGCCUCCGCGCAGUCUACUUACUCUGUGGUCGCACUUCCACUUUCAGAGCGUGAGGAGAGCUUCGAGGUGACGAUGACUGCUACUGAAAUGAAAGACGAUCUGGAUCAGGAGAGCGCAGAUCAGUCGAAGGAUGAGAAGUUAUCCUCCCCACGGAAAACCUCUGACGUGACGGCAGUCAGCCAGGCCUGGUUUACGACGAAAGAGGACAAGAACACAUUAGUGAACAAAGGUCACAAAUGGAAACAGGGGAUGUGGUCGAAGGAGGAGAUUGAUAUAUUAAUGAAUAACAUUGAAAACUACCUCAAGAACCGGGGGAUUCAGGACCCUUCCGAGAUCAUCUUUGAGAUGUCAAAAGAAGAACGGAAGGAUUUUUACCGUAGCAUCGCCUGGGGUUUGAACCGUCCCCUGUUUGCAGUUUACAGACGUGUGUUGCGCAUGUAUGACAAUCGCAACCAUGUAGGCAAAUACACGCAAGAGGAAAUCGAAAAGCUAAAAGAACUCAGGCAGAAGCACGGAAACGACUGGGCCACCAUCGGAUCAGCUCUUGGACGCAGCGCAUCAUCUGUGAAGGACCGCUGCAGGCUGAUGAAGGACACGUGUCAUACGGGUAAAUGGACAGAGGAAGAAGAGAGAAGGUUGACGGAAGUGGUGCACGAGCUGACGGGCACCGAGGCUGGCGAUGUGGUGACUCAGGGCGUUUCGUGGGCGUCCGUGGCCGAUCUGGUUGGCACACGCUCGGAGAAACAGUGCCGCUCCAAAUGGCUCAACUACCUGAACUGGAAACAGAGCGGAGGCACGGAGUGGACCAAAGAGGACGAUCUCAACCUCAUCCGCAGGAUCAUUGAGCUGGCAGUGGAAGAUGAGAACGAAAUAAACUGGGAUAUUUUGGCUGAGGGAUGGAGCAGCGUUCGCUCUCCUCAGUGGCUCAGGAGCAAAUGGUGGACCAUUAAAAGACAAGUGGCCAAUCACAAAGACCUUCAGUUUCCUGUCUUGCUAAAAGGACUGCAGGAUGUCAUGGAAGCUCCCUCGUCCACAGUGAAUAAAGUGGUGGUGGUGGGUUCGCGCUCCGUUCACGCCUCGUCUAGCCCCGUCACUGCGUUACAGAUCCCUGUCCAGAUCCCCGUCCAGAUCACACACGUCUCUUCUUCAGACAGUACGAGUGGGAGCUCGGAGAGCGGGACGAUUACGCUGAACUCUGGAGCGCUGCAGACAUUUGAACUCCUGCCGUCCUUCCACUUGCAGCCCACCGGCACCCCUGGUACCUAUUUCCUCCAGACGGGGACCAAUCAGAGCCUGCCGCUGACACUUUCAGCCAACUCCACUGUUACACUCGCAGCUGCAGGAUCACCCAGCUCACCAGAGCAGAUCAUUUUACACAGCCUCAGCGGAGACAGCCUGAGCGACAAUGUUACAGUACAGAUGUCUCAUCCUGGGAUCAUAAUCCAGACAGUGACAUCAGAAGACCUUCCCGACCCUCUUAACCAAUCAGGGUUGACGUCGGAGCAGGACCUGGCCAAUGAGGAGGCUGCGGAGGCGUCCGAGUGCUCGAGGGAAGGGGAGGAGCCAAGCGAGCAGAGCACGAACAUCGUACAGGAGGACUCGACAGAUAAGAGUUUGAACUCAAAGGAGGAAGGGGUGAACAGCGUGAUAGGCGAGGGCGCGGUGCUAAUCGUCCCAUCACCGAACAGCUUCAUCCCAACCAGCGACAUCACCACUGACUCCGUCCUUCCCGUCGGGACACUGACAGAUCCCAUUCUGCAGAACCAGGAGGAAGGCUCAGACUGACGAGCGACCGCCAUCAUGUAACCACGCUGUCAGUUUUGUGCAUUUAAUGCAAGAGAACAUUGGGUGUAUCGGGUGAAUAAGCCACCGUUGUCAGUACAUCCUGCUGGAGAUGGGAAGUAUUAUUGUGAAGGCCAUAUGGUGUACGCUGGGAGAGUCAGAAUCAUGUGUGAACGCGUUUUCUACAGUUUGCCAAACCCGACAUUAGAUUUAACAGACUAGUAUGAACGCACUGAGCCAGUCUUACUGAGAAAGAAUCAUAAGGAGGACACACAUACACACAACGUUUACUUCUUUGGAUCUGUAUAAUAUUAGUCUGAGUAUUAGUAGAGUUUUGUACACGUACUACAGUUAUGGACGAGGUGAACUCAUGUUUUUAGACAUCCAUUGGGGGGGAAAAAAGCAUUACACUGUAACAUGAAUAUUUUAAUAUACAUCCGAGUACUGCGUUCUCAUUCACGUUUCAUGAAAUUUGCACUGUUUCCAUGUUCGGUUAUCAUAGAGUGUUAGCCAAACACCAAACAUCCACUUGUCUGGACUGAUGUUAAUUUAUCAAAGUUGUUACUUUUCUAUGUGAGUGUUUUGGUCGUGUUUAUUUAUUGAAUAAGCAAAAUGUUAUUCACUGUGUAACAUAUAUUACUUAUGUUUCUAAAAUAAAAAAAGCCUUAAUAUACAC